CUCCCUUCUCUAAAAGUAGCCGCAACCUCCCCCUUAAUCUCUUUCUAUCCUUGUUUCGCUUUUUCAGGCGAAACGCCGCCACACUCCGCCCCCUCUCUUCUCCGUUUUCCUCCCCUUCUCCGAUAGGAGACCCCGUCUCUCAUCCAUUCCUUCCGGCGUGAGCCAGCAGUUGCUGGCAGCAUUUUUCUCUCCCCCUUCUUCCCUUCUCUUUAGUCACUUCCCCUCUCUUUCCCUCUUCUCGUUCCUCUCCUUUUAUCCCCUUCUCUCGUUCUCGUUCCUCUUUUCCUUAACCUCUAUGCUCCAGCCCGUCACCCAACUUUCUCCUUCCCUUCCCCUUCCUUCUCUCCAUUUUGCUGGCGAGAGCGGCGGACGACUACGAGAGACCACUUGUAGCAGCUCCAGCCAGCAUUUCCGCCCAAGACUGCCAGGCAGCAGAAACCAGCAGCAAUGCCUGGCCAGCGCCGCCUCUCUCCUCUCCUACGCCUCUCCUUCUUCUCGCCCUUCCCCUUCUUUUCCGUUCUUUCUUUUUUGGAGGACCAGGUGCAGCAGUAGCAGCGAUAAACUGAAGCUCCGAAAACUCCAAACUGGUCAACACUCCGAGCGAAGAACUUGGAUAAAGGCAGAUCUUUACAGAUCCGUCCGAGGUUUUGAACUUAGAGUUCAAGAUGUUGAAGAUUUGCCUAGAAGAAAUUGUGGGUGAAGCCUCUUUCAUUUUAUUGUUAUAUAUAUGUCAAUUCGUUCUUUAUUUUUUUUACUUGUAAUGUUUGUAAAACUCUAUAUAUAUAAAAUAAAUUUGGGGUGAAUCGCCUAAGGGAAGGGGA